AGUUGAGUGUCAGUCCUGUCAGUAUGUUGUUAGCUUUAUUUAAUAUAUAGAAACCAUGAAAAUAUUAAUUUUAUAACUUUUCAACCUUUAUUUUAUUUUAAACAACAAUUAAUAAUAAAUAAAAACAAUAGUUUUAUAAAUUAGAUAAUUAUCAAUAAAUAUCCCUAUAGUGAUAUUGAUAAAAUGGAAGGACCGUCCCGGCCUAGAAAGAAACUUAAAUCUUGUGCCCAAGUUGCCACAAAUGUAGUGGAACAGAAACAUCAAGUGUCCAGAGCUAAGAGGAGCAAAGCGCUAGGCAGCGGAGCGUUCAGAGGCAGUACCGUAUGGUUCACAGGUCUCAGUGGCGCCGGAAAAACCAGCAUAGCCUUCGCACUCGAAGCCUAUUUGGUCUCGAAAGGUAUACCAGCAUACGGUUUGGACGGCGACAACAUUCGGACAGGCCUCAAUAAGAAUCUCGGCUUCAGCAAAGAAGAUCGAGAGGAGAACAUCAGGCGUGUGGCGGAGGUUGCGAAGUUGUUCGCAGACAGUGGCGUUGUGUGCCUAUGCAGUUUUGUAUCGCCUUUUGCUGAGGACCGUGAAGUAGCGCGUCGUAUUCACACAGACUCGGAUCUGCCAUUUUUUGAAGUCUUCAUAGACACGCCAUUGGAGGUGUGCGAGCAAAGGGACACCAAGGGUCUCUACAAAAAAGCUAGGGAUGGCCAAAUUAAGGGUUUCACAGGCAUCACUCAAGAGUAUGAGCGUCCCGAAGCGCCGGAGCUGGUGGUGCAGACAGUGGGUCGCACCAUCGAGCAGUCCACCAUGGAAGUUAUUAAACUGCUGGAAUCACAGGACAUAAUCCCCCGUUUCGACAGCAGCACAAUAGAAGUGGAGGAACUGUUCAUAUAUGGCAACAGGCUAUCGAGUGCUCAAGAAGAGGCCACGAGACUGCCUCCGAUUGACAUCACAGAUCUAGAUCUACAAUGGGUUCAGGUUCUCUCUGAAGGUUGGGCUUAUCCACUAAAAGGAUUUAUGCGCGAAAAUGAAUACUUGCAGGCUCUCCACUCGAACUGUCUGACCCUCGCGGACGGGUCCGUCGUCAACCAGUCCGUGCCGGUAGUAUUGGCGGUAGACACGGCGACCAAGGACCGCGUGGCUGGUGCAGAAGCGGUUACCCUCCGCCACGCAGGCCGCGCGGUUGCCGUACUGCGUUCACCAGAGUUCUACCCUCACAGGAAGGAGGAAAGGUGCUGUCGUCAGUUUGGAAUAUAUCACACUGGACAUCCGUACAUAAAGAUGAUCUCAGAAUCCGGCGACUGGCUGGUAGGUGGCAAUUUGGAAGUGUUCGAACGCAUCCGAUGGAAUGACGGACUUGACGCGUAUCGACUUACGCCCAACGAGUUGCGGAGGAAAUUUAGGGAGUUACAAGCAGAUGCUGUGUUUGCUUUCCAGUUGCGUAACCCGAUUCACAACGGCCACGCCCUGUUGAUGCAGGACACUCAAAGACAAUUGAUAGAGAGGGGCUAUAAGAAGCCUAUCCUAUUACUACAUCCGCUGGGCGGUUGGACGAAGGACGACGACGUGCCCCUUGAAGUGAGAAUAAACCAGCAUCUAGCGGUGUUGAGCGAAGGGGUGCUCGACCCGAAGGCAACCGUACUCGCGAUAUUCCCAUCGCCAAUGAUGUACGCAGGACCGACCGAGGUGCAGUGGCAUGCGAAGUGCCGCAUGAACGCGGGCGCGAACCACUACAUAGUGGGGCGGGACCCGGCCGGGCUGCCGCACCCGGCCGCCGCCGGCGACCUGUACGACCCGCGCCACGGCGCCAUGGUGCUACGUGCCGCGCCCGGCCUCGCCCACCUCGAGAUAAUUCCAUUCCGCGUAGCUGCUUACGACAUUUCAGUCGGCAAGAUGGCGUUCUUUGAUCCAACGCGCAAGGAAGACUUUGACUUCAUAUCAGGAACUAGGAUGAGAGGUCUUGCUAAAGCUGGCAAGGAGCCUCCUAAAGGCUUUAUGGCACCGACAGCAUGGAAGAUCCUCUCAGAAUACUAUCAAUCUUUAAAAUCUAAAAUGUAAUAUUUCGAUAUAAUAAGUAAUGUUCUCUUAGGUUUGACCUAUACGUAAUACUGUAAAUGAAUUUAAUCGCUUUUGCAUAGCAAUUAUGUUUUUAUUAUAUUUUAUAACCAUUGACAAUGUUAUUGCUUAGCUAUGUGCAAUAUUUUAUAGAAUAUUUUUUAUUAAAAUAAUGUUUGACACAAUAUUUAAUUUUAUACAAUUUUUAUUACAUUCCUCUAAAGGAAAUAUGUCUAUUUGUGUUUAACGCAUUCCAUAUUUUAAAAAUUUCUCAUGUUUUAUAUUUAACAGUAUUUUUAUAAAUGCACACAAUUUCACCAAAAUAAUUUCGGCUUGAUCUUUCAGACUUAUAUGUGAGAGAGAAAUAUUGUCUAUGGAUAACAUAUUAAGCUGCACCAAAUAGUCAAAUGUCCUAACUUAUCCACGUUGAAUUAUAAGAAAAAAAACAUAGUGUAAACUUUGUUGAAAAAACUUUAAUAGCAUAAAAACUAUAAUAAGACUUUAAGGCAUCCUCAGUAAAUUUUUAUUUAUAAAACCGUAUAAAACCAAUCUAAGGUUUUUUAUACGUUGUUACGUACAUACAUAUAUUUUACGUGCGAUUACUCGCCAUGACUUGUUAAUCCUAUGCCAAUGUUUGCUUCAUAAUGACACAUUGGCAGAAUUACGUAUAAUAUGCAAUGCCAAAUUGUAAUUAAAUACACUACUUAAAUGUACUGUCAUCGAUUAUUGAUAUAUUCUACUCUCAAAUUAUUACAAAUCUUGAUAGAUUGCUAGUUAUUCAUCAGUUUCCGUAAGUAUAAUGCAAACAAAAUAUAUUAGUGAAUAAAGUAUAUAUAAUUUCAGUUAUUAUAUAAGAUACCGGUAUUAAGCAUGAUUUUAUUACAGUUACUUAUAAUAAAGAAAAUCCUUUUUUUUAUUAAAGGUGCAAAAACGUUUACCAUGCAACAUUAUUGUCUAUGAUUAUUUGUUUACCGCGCGUGGUUUUUUGUAACAAGUUUAUGUUUGCAUAUGUAUAUUAUUAGUAACAGGUUAUAACAGUAUCUUUUACAUAGGAUCUACAAAUAUAUAUGUUAGAUACAAUUUAUUAUUACAUAUUUUUUAAUAAAUUUAUAAACUAGUGAUGUAAAAAAUGAAAAAUUAACAUGUUUUAAUAAAUGAUACCAGUGACGUACUUUGCAUUUAUCUAAAUUGUGCAAUAUGAUGUACAAUGAAAACAUGUACACAGUCUAUAUGUAUGUAUGAUCCUAUAUAUUUGAUAGUGUUUUUUAUACUAAUUCCAAGAUACGAUCUAGUGACGCAUUUUCGAUAUCAUUAAAUAGUUUUAAAAUAUAGACCUACUUAAUUUUAGAAUAAUCUAGUAAGAUAUAUUUUCAUUUCCGAAUUAGUGGAUUGUUCGUAAAUGGAUCUAUCGACGUCCAUUUAAACCCUAUUGGGAACCACCGUGAUUAGUAUCUGAUAAAUUCGUCACAUUGGGCUGACUUCAUCCUCACGUAUCAUCCCUCACUGAUACCCCACCAGGGUAAACCUAUCACGCACGCGGAGCUAUCGAUCCGUUGUCCUUCAUUAAAAAUAUUUUCGUUUCCACCUUGACCUUAAGAUUAAUAAGAUAUAUAUUUGAUCCUCUCUGACAACUGCUUGUACCAUACAUACAUAAUUCCAAUAAUUAUUGUUACUUAACAAUGUUUUAUUAUUAAGAAUUUCUUGGUUAAUUUUUGAGAGGUUUAACAUUGAAUUGUUGUAAUUUUAGUGAAUAUGGUGCUUUUGAAGCUGAUAGUUUUAUUUAAUAUACAAAUAAACAUAAUGUACAAUA